AUGUCAGCAGCAAGAAAAGCAAUUAAGAGAAGACAUAUACACCGCAAUGCUGAGCAAGAAGACGCCACUACCUUGAAAUUAGGAGAAGAGUUCGAGUCAGCCCAAUGUUUGUAUAUAUCAGAAGUCAAAGUCAUUCUAGAAGCUAAAGAAGAUAAUAAGGACUUAGCAAAAGAUAGACAAAAAUCGAAUAUUUUACAGAAAACGCUCGAUUACGUACGAAAGUUCAGUAAAUUCAGCAACAUUGAAUCAGUUCGUGAAGUCAGACAGGUUUUAUCAAGAGACAAUUUGACUCUUUUCGAAGUUGCACAAAUGGCUAACCUAUGCUGUGAUGAAGCCGAAGAAGUAAAAGCCCUUAUACCAAGGUAA